UCACGUCUGCGGUGGGUGGAGCCUGAAGUUACGCCCACCUACAGCUUAAAAGCCCUCACUGAAGUCUGAGGGGCCACAUUCAGCUCUGACUGAAGGACCGGCAGGCACCGCUGGAUUGUUCUUGGAAUACAAUCAUGAAAUUUCUUCAGGAUUCAGAGGACGCGAAGGCCAAAAGAAAGAGUCUCAAACCUCAGGUGGAGAGACGUCGAAGAGAGAGAAUGAACCGUAGCCUGGAGAGCCUCAAGACUCUUCUGCUGCAGCAACAGGAAGCGACUCAGCGCAGAGUGGAGAAAGCUGAGAUCCUGGAGCACACAGUCCUCUUCCUCCAACACACCGCUGCAGGGGGCAAGGCGAGAACUGAUGCCGGCGGUGGAGGCCAGAAACAGUCCCUCCAAGACGGUUUCUCCUCCUGCCUGCAGAGAGCCGCUCACUUCCUGGGGCCUGAGGGGAAAGGCCUGUGGCUCGGAGCGGCACUCGACGCGUCUUUUGCUGCUCGCUUUUCCCGCUCAGACUCUGACUCCGCAGGCGUCCAAAUGAGGACUGAUGAGGCUCGGUCCUCCUCCAGCUCCCUGCUUCUCAAGAAUUCCUCCAGGUCGAUUCUUCAAGUACUGAUACACAGAUCUGGCAGAAGACUUUGCUCGCCUGUGGUCAGCGGUGUUCAGACCGGCGGAGACUCGAAUCGUUGCCCCCAAACUCCCCAGCAGCCCCACAGAGAGGCGAGUCGAGCGAGCAAACAGAGUCCGCCUCAGAGCCAAGCGCUCAGCCAGGCGCUGUGGAGGCCCUGGCCCUGAUCACCGCGCAGCGACUCAAAAACUGAACUUUGAUCGAUUCUAACUCGCUGGCUGAUAUCUAAACAACACUGUGUGUUGUUCAAUUGAUUUUCUACAAGGACAUUUUCAGUGCGAUGUAUUAAACACGGGCCUCCUGUUUUCUGUAAAGUCUGAUAAAUGUGUAGAGACUGUAAAUUUUAUUAUGAUCACACCAAAGUGCUGCUGCAGCCUUCACAGGCCAACCCGUGUUGAUUGCGUCACUAAUGAUGUAUUUUUGCACCUUAAUUUAUUUUUGUCAUUUGUAAAUAAACGAAAGGGAAAAAAAUC